AUGCCUGCUUUAUGCGGCGGAUCUAAGACGGUCCAGCGCAAGCUGGUGUUGCUUGGCGAUGGUGCCAGCGGCAAGACGUCUCUGCUCAAUGUCUUCACCAGAGGCUACUUCCCUACCGUCUACGAGCCGACCGUGUUUGAGAAUUAUGUUCAUGACAUAUUCGUCGACAACGUGCACAUUGAGCUGUCGCUAUGGGACACGGCAGGCCAAGAAGAGUUUGACCGCCUGCGGUCCCUUUCAUACGACGACACGGACCUCAUCAUGCUGUGCUACUCGGUCGAAAGCAAAGAUUCGCUGGAAAACGUCGAGUCCAAGUGGGUGGGCGAGAUCGCCGACAACUGUCCCGGCGUGAAGCUGGUGCUCGUGGCGCUCAAGUGCGACCUCCGCGAGCAGGGCGGCGAGGACGAUGACGCCAAUGCCGACGCCGGCGGGGAGGGCAGCAAUCCGGCCGCCGCGGACGGGCAGCCGCGCGAAAAGGGCCCGACCAUCAACUACGACCAGGGACUUGAGGUGGCACGGCGGAUAGGCGCGUCGCGGUACCUGGAGUGCUCGGCCAUGAAGAACCGGGGCGUCAACGAGGCCUUUACCGAGGCGGCGCGCGUUGCUCUGAGCGUCAAGAAGGAGCGCGAGGAUAACAAGUGCACCGUCAUGUGA